CCAUCACAACCAUUAAAUCCGUAAGUUGGCUCUGUGUAUUAUAUUUAGACGUAUACUCGUGUCUUUAGAUUUUCUGUAUUUUUCUGUAUGCAAGCUUAAUACAGUCUAGUUGAGUACUAGCUAAUAAUCCGUCCUAAUCCGUCCUAAUCUGUCCUAAUUGGUUGUUUCUUCUUAUACGAGCGACAUCUACCCCGGCGUUCUUGGUUUGGGAGCUAUAAUAAAGGACAGCCUCGGCUAAAUAUAACAAUACCUACCUACCUCAUCGACGACAAGACCUUGGACAAGGCUCUAUUUAGAUGUUUCAAUGCUUUCAGUCCUAGGUUAACAAUAUAUCCCACCGCUUAUUAGAACCAGGCUUUAUUAGAACUCCCAUCUUCUUAACCAAGUCUCAAGAGAUCAACCACCAUCUAUCCAAAGGCAAUAUACCCAUCCAUACGUUAUACCCAAACACUCAUACAUUCAUACACUCCAUACUCGCCCACCAUGGCAACGCCCAACCCCUUCCCCUUCCACAUAACCGAACACACCAUCCCCUCCCAACACAUCCGCGAAUUCCCCCGCGCGACGUCCAACUCCCAAGAAGACAUCCUCUACAUCAGCAUCAAGCAAUACACCCCCAUCGACAACCCCACCCCCCAACCAGGCGACGUGACCAUCCUCGGCGCCCACGCCAACGGCUUCCCCAAGGAACUCUACGAGCCGCUAUGGGCCGACCUGCACGCCCGCUCCAAGGCGCACGGCUUCCGCAUCCGCGGCGUCUGGAUCGCCGACGUGUCUAACCAAGGCUACAGCGGCCAGAUCAACGAGACCACCCUCGGCAACGACCCCUCCUGGAACGACCACGCGCGCGACCUCCUCCACCUAACCAACGUCUUCCGCGCCUCCAUGCCCCGCCCCAUCGUCGGCGUAGGCCACUCCUUCGGCGGCGCCGUGCUAACCAAGCUCUCCCUGCUGCACCCGCGCCUCCUCACCACCAUAGUCCUGCUCGACCCGACCGUAACAGAAUUCACAUUCCAGCGCCGAGGCCCCGGCAAAUCCCCCGCCCGCGCCUCCACCUUCCGCCGCGAGACCUGGCCCUCCCGCGCCGCCGCCGCCGACUCCUUCCGCCGCAGCCCCUUCUACCGGGCCUGGGACCCGCGCGUCCUCGACGCCUGGAUCGCCCAUGCCGUGCGCGACACCCCCACCGCGCUAUUCCCCAACCCCGAGAAAGACGGCGGGGCAACCCUGCGCACGACGAAGCACCAGGAGGUAUUUACCUUUUUCCGCCCGCUGUGGCCGUACCUCGACCCAGUUACCCGGGAAGUCGACCGCGACGGGGCCCCGGACUUCGACCCGGACGUGCAGGAUCAACUUCGGGAUCCGGCCAGCGUGUUCCCGUUCUACCGGUCCGAAGGAGGCAGCAUCCUCAAGCAUAUACCUGAGGUGCGGCCAUCUGUGCUCUGGGUCUUUGGUGGAGACAGCGACUUAGGCGCUCCGGAAGGCCGCAAGUUGAAAACGGAAACCUGUGGGAUUGGAGAUGGGGGUAGCGGUGGUCUUAAGCUGGGGCGGGUGGACCAGGUCGUCUUAGAAGGCCGCGGCCACUUAUUUCCGAUGGAGAUCCCGGAUGAAUGCGCGAAACAUGCAGCGGCGUGGAUAGGAAAAGAGAUGGUGCGGUGGCGAGAAAAGGAGCGUGAGUAUGAGGAGUGGGUCAAGCUGCCAGUCAAGGAGAAGACGACAUUAAGUGAGAAGUUCCUAGAUAAUGUCGGUCGUCCGCCGCUGAGGAAGAGUGGAUCUGCAGCUGGUUCGGGGUCUAAAUUAUAAGAAUGAAGUUACAGUGUUUAAUCUGCAUUAUUUUCAAAUGCUCUGGCUAGGAGGGGUUUAAGACGAAAGUAUAUGCCCGAAGUAAGCAUUUGCUCGACAUGUAUUAGCUAUAGAUAUUGGAAAUUUCAUUAUUAGGGCUAUCACACAAGACCGUAAAGGUAGCAAAGUAGCAAAG